AUGUCUGCCUCGUUGGAAAGUGCCCAGAAUCGACGCUGUCUCUCCAAAUCCGACUACACGCGACAAGUCGUUAUUGGCAGAAUGAAAAGCGUGAGCAGUAAGGUCGCUAUGCUGAAAGUCCCUCGUUCAGACCUCGCACGUUUCCAAGAGGACUCCUCAUCGGACAACGUCACGCAUACCCGACGACAAGAACGAUUUAUUAUCUCCGAUAGUGAGUCUCAUGACGAGGUCACUGCUGGCAAUGAGCUAUUUCGAGAGUUGCGAGGCAUCGAACAGAUUGAACGGCCGGACAAUUUGGAGGGAGACGAGAACAGCGACGAAGAACAAGCUCAAAUCAAUCGGCAAUUACAGGCAGAGCUCAAUACGUACCUUGAGGAGACAGUCGAAGACCAAGAUGCAGGCCACUACUUGAGGAAGAAACGUUUGCAAUCAGCACAACGGUCGACACGCUUAGCGUCGGUCGAAAGUCAGAUAAACUCAAUGGCAGGAAGCAGCUAUUCUAACACAGGAGACAGUGAGCAUGAUGAGGAGCAAGAGCACAGUAAAACGAAAGAAGCACGCCUCGAUGAAUGGGAAACCCUCACGCAAACCGAGAGACAGCAGGGCGCAACGCAGGCUUCGCAAGGACAAGCAGACAUUUAUUCAGUCUAG